AUGUCUUACACCACCCGUCAAAUUGGUGCCGCCAACACUUUGGACUACAAGGUCUACAUCGAGAAAGAUGGCAAGGUCGUGUCGCCCUUCCACGACAUCCCCUUGUACGCCAACAAGGAGAAGACCAUUCUCAACAUGAUCGUGGAGGUCCCCAGAUGGACCAACGCCAAGUUGGAGAUCUCCAAAGAACAGAAGUUGAACCCCAUCAUCCAGGACACCAAGAAGGGCAAGUUGAGGUUUGUGAGAAACUGUUUCCCUCACCACGGCUACAUCCACAACUACGGUGCCUUCCCUCAAACCUGGGAGGACCCCAACCAGGUCCACCCCGAGACCAAGGCCAAGGGAGACGACGAUCCUUUGGACGUGUGUGAGAUUGGCGAGCAGGUUGCCGAGGUCGGGCAGGUCAAGCAGGUCAAGGUGUUGGGAGUCAUGGCCUUGUUGGACGAGGGCGAGACCGACUGGAAGGUGAUUGUCAUUGACGUCAACGACCCCUUGGCGCCCAAGUUGAACGACAUCGAGGACGUCGAGACCCACUUGCCCGGCUUGUUGAGGGCCACCAAUGAGUGGUUCCGGAUCUACAAGAUCCCCGACGGCAAGCCCGAGAACCAGUUUGCCUUUUCCGGCGAGUGCAAGAACAAGAAGUACGCGGACGAGGUUGUGGCCGAAUGCGCCGAGGCCUGGGACAAGUUGAUCAAGGGCUCGACCGCGCCAGGCGAGAUCGACUUGACCAACAGCACCUUGAGCUCCACCGCCUCGUUCUCCGAGGCCGCGGAGGUGCCCGCGGCGUCUCCCCUCCCCGCCGCGCCCAUCGACAAGUCUGUGGACAAGUGGUUUUUCAUUUCCGGCGCCCACUAG